AAAAAGUUUUUCAUCUGUUCUUUUUCUGAUUUCGGCUUUCGGACGAGAAACUAGCAAAAAAAAAAACCGAUCCAAAAUCAAACAAUUUACGACUGAGCACAAUGUCUACUGCACCUACAACUUUUCACGGAUGGGCCUGCCAUGGCAAAGACGAGCCUAUGGUAUGGGAAGAACUAAAACUUCGCGCUGAAGACGACUACAGCGUCGACAUGGACAUCAGUCAUUGUGGUAUUUGUGGUAGUGAUGUACAUACGAUGGAUGCCAACUGGAGUCAACCUGACUAUCCUGUGUGUGUCGGCCAUGAAAUUGCCGGUGUCUGUACACGUGUAGGCUCCAAAGUGACGCAUAUCAAAGUAGGCGACCGCAUCGGUGUCGGUGCUCAGUCAGGCGCCUGCCAUCAGUGCAAGCCCUGUUUGGCCGGUUUUGAAAACCUGUGUCGUGGUGGACCCAGGGCGUGGGUGGGUACUUACAAUGGCCGCUGGCCCAACGGAGAUAAAUCGUUUGGCGGUUAUGCUGAUAGAUGGCGUGGUGAUGCUCGUUUCGUGUUUAAAAUCCCUGAUACAUUAACCAAUGAGGUGGCCUGUACCUUCUUUUGCGCUGGUGUGACAACCUAUGCUCCUUUGAAGAGACACAAGGUCGGCCCUGACUCUGUCGUGGGCGUCAUGGGCAUUGGUGGAUUAGGCCAUUACGGUAUUUUAUGGGCCAAAGCCAUGGGUGCUAAAGUGGUGGGUAUGUCCCAUAGUGAUCGUAAGAAGGAUGUCGCGAUGGAAUUAGGCUGUGAUGACUUUGUCGUCACGAGCGAUGCUGAAAGUUUGGCCAAUCAUAAGGGCGAACUCACUCAUAUUCUAUGUACGGGUACCAGCAGUGAUUUCAAAUGGGAAACGUAUGUUCCUUUAUUCAGACCCAAUGGUAUUUUCAUUAAUGUCGGUAUUCCUGAAUGGAACUUUCCUGAAAUCUCACCCAUGUUACUUGCCAUGAGUCAAGUCACUAUCUGUGGUUCAGCCAUUGGUUCACCUGCUGAAAUCGAAGACAUGUUGAAGUUUGCUGCUGAACACAACGUUCGUCCUUGGUUACAGAAAUAUCCAAUGAAGGAAGCACCAAAAGCCAUUGCAGAUUUUAAGGCUGGAAAGCCAAGAUUUAGAUUUGUGUUAGAAAACUAAACACUGUGGGGGAAGUGACACUAUGUUUGAAAUCGUCCUCUUUUUGUAUAGAAUAAACUAAGCAUUGUACAUAUCAUCUGUUAAGAAAAAAAAAUAACUGGGAACAAAUGUUUACCCAUCUGAAUUCAUUUCUUCUUGGCGAAAGAAAAACACGCGACGCAUAUUUCCUCCCGUUUUCAGCCACAAAUGAACGUGGCACUACAUAACAAUAUAAAGAGUAGGCUGAUGCGUACAUUAAAGGUGAAGACCAAGAGUAUUAAUGACAUCAUUGAAGAGAAGUUUUUCUUUUUACAGUGUUUUUACUUCCGUAC